AUGCACCCACCCCUGCUCCCGACACCCGCCCUCAGUAGCUGCGAAGCAUCCGCCUCACCCGCGCCCCACCACAUUGCCGGCUCCUCCUCCACGCCCUGCGCCGCAAACCGCCCCCCCUUCCCCCCCCUACCCGGCGCCACCGCAGCAACUGAUAAACCACCCCGACCCCUCCCCCCCCCCACAUUCACGCCGCCAGGCGCAGCCCCUCCCCCGCCGCCCGCCACUAGGCUCCCGGCCCCCCCCCCCCAGCCCCCGCCCCUCCCUCACACCCGCCGUUUCCCCCCACUUCUCCCCCGCCCCACCACACCCCCGACCCCCUCCCUCCCACGCCCCGCCAGACCCUCAUCCCCCACAGGGGCCCCCUUCCUCCCACCGACCCCCACUUAA